AUACAGAAGGCUCGACUAGCUUUUACCAACUCGCGUCAUUUAUGGCGUAGGCGAGAUAUCCGUCUAUCAACCAAAGGACGUGUUUACUGUGCAGCAGUUCGUCCCGUCCUACUUUAUGGCAGUGAAACAUGGCCGGUAAGAGUAGAGGAUAUUCGUAGGUUACUAGUAUUUGGUCAUAGGUAUCUUCGAAAUAUUGCUCGUAUAUCCUGGGACUAUCGAGUAAGUAACACAGUUGUUAGGAAACGCGUACUAGGUAAGGAUGGCAAAUCAAUUGAUGACGUAGUGAAACUUCAUCAGUUGAGAUGGCUGGGACACGUGUUACGUAUGCCCAACGACCGACUGCCUCGACGUGCGAUGUUCAGUGGUAUAGGAGUAGGCUGGAAGAAAGCUAGGGGCGGCCAGACCAAAACAUGGAAUAAGUCCAUGAAGUCACUGACAAGUGGACUGAGUCAUGUUGAUAGGUGUAGACUACCUGGUUGGGGACCGCGAGACGAUAGCAACCGAUGGUUAGAGACCCUGAAUGACAUGGCUCAAAAUCGCUUGCAAUGGUGUGCGCAGGUGCAUCUACUCUUUGUGUUCUCCCAAAUUUUGAUCUCCUUAUUCCUCCUUGUCUCUUUUUUCUCUUCCCAAAUUUAUUUCGCCGUAUUAUACUCUUUAAAUAACAUCUCCAAACACUAAUUUUCCUGAUUACUGCUCAUACUCUUAUUACCUCUACCACUACGGGAUUUGGAUCGAUAACUGCAUCUCGGUGCUAAUGUGUUGUGGCAACUCGAAAUGAUGUACGUACGUACGAAGUUCUACGUUGUUACUGACUGACUGACUGACUGCUGUUGCUUCAGAAUUCGGUUGAGCUGGUCAUCUGAUAUCGCCAUCUUGAAUGUGUUUUCCUUUACACGUCCCCACUGUUAUGAUCUCUUAUUACGACCCAGUUACUCUUAUUACUUAGUAUUCUUUGGAAACUACUUCACUCAGCAAGUCUCCAGAUCAGAACACGGUUGAUCAGAAACGUAAUUAUGUUCCAAAUAAACUAAGUUGAAUGGAAGUAGGAAUCACAACAAGAAAAACGUUAGUACAUUUAUAAUUCUACACAACAAGAUUCUAGAAUAUUUUCCGAGGAUCCUCUAGCGUUCAUUGGCUAAAAAAUGACCAAUCAUUGUGCCCCAACACAAUACUGCAAGGAACAUGCUUCAGUCGUAUUCAUAUCCCAUAUAAAAUAUGAUAGCUGCCUAUCUUUACACGUUUGAUAUUUUACAUUGAAGUUUUCUGUUAAUCAAUUUGUUCGUUAUUAGUUAUGUUUUGUUUCUCUCAUAAUGGUUUUGUUCUGAUCGAUAGACCAGUUGUCAAUAUUGCUGUUAGACAUCCAAUGUUUUUGAUGUUUUUUGUGGUUGUCUGCUACUUUUAAAUUGUUUAUCAUCUCCGCAUUCUUAGUUAUCAGAAGUGACUUUGUGAAGCAGAGCUUUUUGCACGACAGUGGUUGUUGUUAUUUGCAAUCACGCAUAUUCAACUAAUGUGAGUUCAGCGUUCACACUGUUGUACUAGUUAUCUAAGUUUUCACUUUGCAUUACAUCUUUGACCUGAGCAAAGACAUGUAGGCCUAUGAAAACGAUGUUUAGUUCGGGCCAUUUGAUUUUAUUCUUUAAUGCGAACAUAAAAAUGAUUUUAAAAUCCCUGAAAGGAUAAUAACUAAACAUAAAAAAAUAUGUAUUGUUACAUGAGUGAACUGUUUAAUCAUCUGAAAAUUCCUUUACUUCAUUCACAAAAGCUAUUGCUUUUACGACAUUUUAACUGGAAAUUGAUGUAAAAACUAGUUUUUUAACGUUGGAACAACUGAGACCACACUAUGUACUUGACAAGUAAAAAACUACAAUUGCUUUAGAAAGGUAUUCUAGGUUUUACUAAAAUUUCUCAUUUGGGGAAAGCAUACCUUACCUGAUUAUCUACUACCAUUUGCAUUUCAGAUCCACUGAUCUAAGAAAGUAAAUUUAAAUUUCUUAGACAAAAAAAUGAAACAUGGAGUCGGCAACCAUUAGAAGUCAAUUAAUGGUACUUUUUGACAAUUUAAAAAGUAUUCAACCAAAUGAACGGGAUAAUUUAAUAACGUUUAUAAAAAAGAAUUUGUCACAAUUACAAGAAAAUAAUGAAAAAAACGAUGUAUACCAGAGUAGCAAUAUCAGCAGUAACAGCUAUCCUUGUUUUUGUAGUGGAAAUGUGGAUAAUACUACUACUGUUAUUACUACUACUGCCACUACUACUAAUGUUAGUUUAACUAGUAGCUCCUCAACGUAUGCGAAUGUAAAAUCUUCAGAAUUAUAUGACUUAACAAAUAUCAAUGUAAACAGUCUUCAGCUAUCGUUUGAAGCAACUCCUGAAUCAGUAGCGACAUUCAUCGAUGAGGUGAAUGAUUUUUCUACACUAACAAUACAACACAAUACUACUGGCCUAACGGGUCAUAAUUGCUCAGAGGCAAUCUAUGUGAAUGAAUGUUUAUCCAUGGCUACAAAUGCUCCAACAUUUAACUGCUCAAAUCUAAAUAGUGAAUCAAAUUUUCAUGAAACGCUUCAAGAACAAAAUCCUAUCCCAUUAGACAGUAAUGUGACCGAUAAUAAUCACAUAUCGAAUUCCAUCAUAAAUUAUGAAGGAUCCAAUUAUGAAACUUACUUGAAUUGUCCAUUAUGUCGUGUUACAUUUGAAAAUUGGCCAAAUUUAGAGUGUCAUCUAUAUAAUGAUCACGUAACAAAUAAUGUAGAACCUGUAUGCUGGCGAUGUCAAGGUAUAUUUAAAAAUCAUGCUGUUCUUCUAGCACACGAAUGCUUUGAUUGGGGUCGAUUAUAUUUACCUUGUACAGUGUAUAUGAAUAAAUCACUGAAAAGUUUUCAUAAAUUUUCGAAAAUCGAUCUAGAGAAGAAACAAUUUCCCAUGGAUGGUGUAUUUUUAAGUAGACGUUGUGGAUUAUGCUAUAAAUCUAAUGUUACGUUCACAUCGUAUGAUGCAUUUGAAAAACAUAAAUCAUCUUCACAUUCAACCACAGGGAGAGAUGGCGGUUAUGGACCUCCUACUUCUUGCACAGAAACAUCAACUCAUACUCCGUCGUCAUUAUUGACAUCAACUCGUAAAAAGAAACAGUCAUUAAAGUGCAAUUCACCAUCAGAUGAACAUCCAUCAUCCGAUGUAGCUGUCCGUAGUGUAGUGCGUAAUCUAACCGAACAUUUCUAUGCACUAAAUUAUCAUCAAGAAGGACGGAAACGACGUGAACGUGAGAGAAGCGUCGUUUUCGAUAAUAAUCAUAACUCAACAAAAUUUAUCAAAGGUAGCCUAGCCACUGAUUUGUCAACCGAAGAUAGUAUAAGCCAUACAAAAACUAUGUCAGUAAUAACAACGACAGAAGAUAAUCCCAUCACCAGUACUACUACUACUACUACUACCAACGCUACUGCUGUUGAUGUCAUUAUCUCUACUAUCACUAACACAAAAGAUGUGGGAGAAAAAGAGACGACACUUACCUCGUUGGAUAUCAGUAACGGUAAUAAUGAUGAUAAUAAUAAUAAUAGUGAUAGUGAACAAAAUAGAAAGUCACCAAAUAACUGUAGUCCAUCGACAUUCUUAACUAGUCUAUUGGUUGCUCAACGGGUUAAACAUAAUCUAACAUUGAAAAAUAAACGUGCUCGUCAGUUAAAAGCAGUUGCUUUUGAAUGUGAUUCUACUGAAAAACAUGUAACUUAUGAGGUUGAUGAGCAUUUAAGUACAACAACAGCGCUGUCGUGUGAUGUUCCUCCUUCUCCAUCGAUCGGUAGCCAUAUUUCCGAAGGCGAAAUUCAAUUUUUUCAUAAUAGACGAAGAUCAUGGUUACAUCGUCAUAAGAACACUAGACGUUUAAAAUUACAAUUGAAACGCAAAACGACAAUUAAUGGUCGUCAGAAAAUCAGUGUUUCGACAUCGUUUACUAAUAAUGCAAUUAAAAUUCGACGAUUUAUUUGUAAUCAUUGUUCAGCAGUUUUUCGAUUGUCAUCAAGACUGCGAGCACACUAUUUAUUUCAACACGGUCAUAUCCCAGAAUGUCUCGGAGGCUUAUCACCGAGACCAAGUGAAAUUUUGUUCAACAAGCAACGGAAUAUUAGCCGCAGUCGUAGUAGUAGCAGUAGUAAUAAUAAUGAUGACAGUAAUAGUAGAAUUAAUCAUAUAUCAGAUUGUGCAACGUCUCAAAAAUCAUCACUACAUAACAGCGAGAAUAUGAGUUCAUCUUUGAAGAUUACUAAUGCUACUACUACUACUACUACGACGACGACGACGACGCCGAUGACGGUCACUUCCACCUUUGUAUUGUCAAGUAUCCCAAAUGAGUCCAGUAGCCUUCCUCCUUCAGGAUUGAUCACAAGAUUAAGGAAACGUAAAGAUGUUAGUGAUAAUAAUAAUACAACUAUGGAUACUUCUAUUCAGUCAGCAAACCAGUUAACUCAAAAUGCAAGACGGAUUAAAAAACAGACCAAUGAUACUCUGAAUAAUAAUCACCAUAAUAACGAGAAUGAAGUUACAGGCUUAUUAUAUGAACAUUCACAAACUAAUGAAAUAGAUGAACAAUUAAUUUCUAAAUCAAAUUUACUUUAUAAACAACAUUAUUGUAAUGAAUGUAAUUGUACAUUUAAAAGUGCAUAUAAUUUGAAACGUCAUCAAAAAAUUGUACAUUUACAUCAAUAUCGUUAUUUUUGUGGUUAUUGUGAAUUUCGUACUGGUGAACGUUUAGCAUAUGAAGAACAUUUAGCAAGACAUUUUUGUGUGAAACAAUUUAUUUGUGAAAUAUGUAAUGCACGUUUUACAAUCAAACAUGAAUUAGAUGAUCAUAGAGCAUUUAAACAUUCGAAUGAACGAAAUUUCGCCUGUACUGAAUGUGAUCAGAGAUUCAAGACUGCGGGUACACUAUGGCGACAUAAAAAAACACAUGAGAAACGUGUUUAUCAUUUGUGUCCAAUUUGUUCAACAUCAUUUACACGUUUGUCAAAUUUAAAUCGUCAUCUCUUACGAACCCAUAAACAACAAAACCAUCACCAAUCAAUCAAUAACCACAAUGAAUUACUUAUGAUGGAUUCUAAUAAGAAAUUAUCAACAAGUCAACGUAGCAGUUCAUUGAAUAAUAAACAAAAAAGGACUAAAAUUCGUCAACCAUGUAGCAAAGUAUUAAGUAAUAUAAAUAAUCAUGAAACUAGUCAUUUGAAUCAAAAUCAUAUAUCAUCAUGUCAACAAACAGUUGAACAGGUUAUUCCUGUUAAAAUCAUUACGCCACAUUUACCUGGAUCUGACCUAUCGUCAAAUCAUCAAACUUUGAUGAACAUUAUUCCUGAUCAGGAUUCGAGGUCUUCCAAAAUAAUCAAUAUUUCUGAUAAUAUCGAUAAAAGUAUUUUAAUCAAUCCGACUAUUUCGACUUCAUGUCCUGACACGUCAUCAUCAUCAUUACCAUCAACCAUACCAAAAAUAUUGCCAACACAAGAUCACGUCAUUGUGACAACAGAAUGUUCUAUUAUUCCAACUAAUGCCUCUGGAUAUCAAGCAGUUAAUCUUGACAAUAGUUCUACUGUAUUUAUGUUGAAUUUUAGUGAUUUGGAUGCAAAUAGUCAUGCGUUUUUUGAACCCACCGAUGUACUUAGUGACAGCCAUGAUAAUCUUCAACACAAAAUGAUGAUAGCAGUUCGUGAUCCUGUUUAUGAACAAGCAACAGCGUUUCCAACUUCCUUAGUUGUUUCUUCUUCUCUAUCAUCGUCGUCCAAUGGGACACUAACUUCUUCGACGUUGUCAUCAUCACCGAAAGUAUCUGGAACCACAAUAACUUUACAGUCGAAUUUAUUAUUACCUAUUCAACUGACUACUAAUUCAUUUUCUGCGAUAACCACAUCAUCGCUUAGUCAUAAUAACAGUGUAAACUGUGAUGUGAUCACAAAUAACAGUGAUACUAAUUCUUGGUCUACAAUGAUAUCUCGUCAACUAGAACCUAGUCUAUGUUAUUUAAUUACAGCUACUGAAACGAUUGAAAACGGUGUUUUAUGCAGUCACGGUAAUGAUACCACAAAUACAGUUGCCAUAACUACCACUACUUCUACUACUAAUGAUAAUAAUAACAAUAAUGAUAAUAAUAAUAAUAACAACAGUAAUCCUAGUCAAAUCAGUGGUAAUCUUAGUCAUGAUCCAGAUGUCACUGACCUGAAUGUUGAUCAUAAUGAUGACGUUGUUAGUGGUAUGAAUAUUAUCGAAGAUACACCGCACUCAAUAUCGUCUGUUGAUAUUUUAAAUUCGCUUCAAACAGAUAUGGUAGAUAAUAUGAUGAAUGGGACCGUAUUGAAAAUUGGUUCUCAGUCUCCACAGUUGUCAUUGGCCAGUGGUAAUUGUAUUUUCUAUGACACACACUGUUCGUCAACUUUAACAACCACACAUUCUUCGGUUUCUGUACCAGCUUCAUCUUCAUUAUCUUCCUCGUCUUGUCCUAACUCGUCUUCAUCGUCAUUUACGCCAAUCAAUCAGUCGACAUCGAUAUGGCGUCCUGUUGACUGUGAAACAUCAAUGUUGAAUAAACAAGAAAAUCGUCCAUUUCAAGCUGGUAUCACUUCACAUAGCUCCACAAUUAAUACAGCUAAUAAUAUUCAUAACAAUAAUCAUACUAAUAACCAUAAUGCAACAUCAGCUCCUUUCACUGGUGAUGAUGGGGAUGCCUAUCCAGUGGAAUAUUAUGACCAGCGAUAUCAUCAGAUUCAACAUGUGUUUCCACUUAUGUCCAAAACACAUGAUAGUUACAUUUACGAUGGUGGUAACCAUGGUGAUGAUGAUGUUGAUGACGAUGAUGGGGAAGAUGCAGAAGAAGAGGACGAUGACUAUACUGGUUUGGUAGACAAUCAUGUUUCUACUAACAAUUUAACUAUCAGUAAUAACAACAAAUCCCAUCAAAUAACGACAGAUUUACUGGAUACUAGCGUAAUGCUCUCAUGGAAUCCAACAAAUGAUAACAAUAAUAAUCAUUCAACAGAAUUCUUAGAUUAUCCUCAUUAUUCUCCGAAAUUUCCAUCACCAGAUCCUAACAAUUUGUCUCCUUCAUCAAUUCAUCUUGAUCGACAACAACAUCAACAACCAUUUGAAUUGCUAAAUUUUCCACAAUCUCGUCAUGAUCAGAUAAUAUCAAAUCCUGUAACAAGUCUCACUGGAGUUCUCUCUCCUAGCUCUUUGUUAUCACCAUCAUCAUCUGUAUCGACAUCAACGCCAUCAUCAUCAUCGUCUCUGUUGUAUGAAAACAACUUCAAUGAUUGUGCUAACUUCUUAGGACAGUUCUAUCAUCACAAUACAUCUAUUAGUAAUAUCAAUCUAUCAUACAAGAAUAGUUAUAAUACUUUAAGUAAUACACCGAAUGUCAUGCAUAAUAUAGAAAAUACUUGUUAUCCUUCUGUUCAGUUAAAUGAUCAUGAUGAAAUUCCAGAUGUUACAGAUCAAUGUUCUAAUUUUUCCGUUGGAUAUUUGAUUGGUCAUUCAACUAUGCCUCCAUCAUCAUCGUCAUCUAUAGGAUCAUCCUCUUCUAGAUGUUUACUGUUACAAACAGGAGAAAAAACAAAAAUUAUAUCAUCAACUUGUCAGUCUUCUACCGAUACAUCUAAUUUAAUUACCGGUAAUAUAAAAUAUUUAAAUUCUCCACAAUCAUCUUUCACAUUAUCUGAUCAUCAUAAUCUCACUCAGCAACAAUCACAACAACAACAUGAGCUUACAUCAAUAUCCCAGUUAAAUUUCUCAAAAGAUCCUGUUGAUUAUGAAUUUGUUAUUUAAUGAUCAUUUGAAUAAUGACUAAUUUAUCUGUAUAGAAAAAGAUGAUAAGUUCAGGUAAACUUGUAUGAAACAGAGUUUUCUUUUAAUGGACUUAUUUUAUUAUUUAAUGUAUAUAAUUAUUUUCUUAUUUAUUCUUUUUUUUCUCUCGUUCAAUUAGUAACUAAUUGUUCUGUUUUGAUUUUAUUUUCACAAUUAAGUCAAUUAAAUCAAUAAGUUAAUGAUAAUGAAAAUACAAAACAGAACGUACUUUUAUCAUUGGGGGUGGGUGGGUGUUGUUUUUUCAAUGCAAUAAUAUGUCCAAUUAAAAUGUGAACAAAAUAUAGAACAUAUCAUAAUAGAAUUCUCUGUUUGUUUGAUGUCCUAGUGAUACGUACUAUAGGACUGAUCCCUAGAAGUACGAUCGUAAGCUACUAGUAUUUCACCAUAGAUGCCUUAGAAAUAUUGCUCGCAUCUGUUGGGAUCACCGGGUAAGUAAUAGUGAGGUUAGACGUAGGGUAUUAAGUGAUGAUGGUAAAUCAGUUGAUGAAGUUGCAAAUCUUCAUAGACUGAAAUGGUUGGACCACGUGUUGCGUAUGCCUGAACACGGAUUACCACGACAUACAAUCCUGACUAGUGUUGUAGACGGAUGGAAGAAAGUUAGGGUCGGCCAAACUAAAACGUGUCAUCAGAACCUGAAGUCACUAACUUCUAGUCUGAGCAAUGUUGACAGAUGUAGACUACUUGGUAGGAGUCCUCGUGACUAUCAUAACCAAUAGUUGGAGACUCUGAAUGACAUCGCUCAGAAUCGAUCACAAUGGCGUGGGUGUAUACAUUCUUUGUCUUCCUUUAAACCAUGAGAUUAAAAGCGCUUCACAUCUUUCUGUUUACGAACUAAUUCUUUCUUCCUGUUCUAUGUCCUUAUAUGCAAUCUUUUUUAUAUAUUACCACCACUGAAUUAACUAUUAUGAGUUCGGUGUUCAUCUUGUUAUGCUAAUGGGGUGUGGGAACUUGGAGCGAUGCAUAUAUGUGCCUGGUCGUACGCUGUAGUUGACUGACUGACUGAGAAUUCCCUGUUUUCAAUAGAAAUCAUUUGUUUGAGUUUAAUUUUUCAUUAUUUCCUUGAAUGUCAGAUUAGUCAGGUACCUACUUAGUUUAUGUUUUAUCGUCUGUAUAGUAUGUCAUUCCACCAACAAAAUAUGAUGAUCGUAACCCUUUCGAUUAUUUAUUUAUUUUCUUUAUUUGAAUACAAAUAUUGGUACAAAGGGGCACCGAAUAUAUAUGCUCCACACAAAUCGAAUGAUUUGUACCUGAAUAAAAACAGAAAAUGGUUAACAUGAAGCUGUGAACCCUGUCCUAUUUGUCUUUUAUAAACAAAACACAUCGCAGUUGGAUACAUAUUUAAGAUUUUGCCAAAUAUUUACGUAAAGGAUUAUUAUGCAAUAUUGUGGUGUGAGCUACUUAUAUCCACAUAAGUAGUAUAUAACGAUAGUUAGGAAUAGAAUGUGUUUCCGUAGAAGAUUGAGAAGGAAAGAACGGGAACGGAAAGUAAUUUGUAUGAAAAUGCAGGAACAAUGAAGUGUGAAACGAGUGACUGAUAUUUGCGGAGGGAAUAGCCAAGUUUGAGACAAUUAAUUGAUAUUUCGCAAAUGUAGUAUUUCCUGUAUGGUUCUCAGAUUUUAGUGAGAUAUUCUGUAAUUUCGUGUUUAAAUACAUUUGAUUGCCCCCACUUGUGUUUUCGUUCCCGUCAAUACCACAUCAACACAGGUAGAUAAAAUUAUCAAACCAUGUCAGAACAGUAGGAAUAGUAAUACUAUCAACAGUGAUAGGAAAGAUUAGGCAACAGAAAAUAUGAUUCAAAAAGAAAAUGAAUUCAUGGGAUAAAAAUUAUGAUAUAAUCUUUAAAUUGGAAUAAGACAAAGAAUGGAUUUAUCUACACCAUUAUGAGUCAUGUCAUCCAACGUCUGUAAACAUCGUUCAUGAUAAUCGCACGGACUCUAACCAAGUAGUUCCCAUCUACCUACAAAGCUCAUUUCAACUGUUAUUGACUUAAUAAAGUAGUGACACAUCUUGGUUCAACCACCCAUACUUUUCUUCCACUUUACUCCUACUACAGCCAUAAUUGGAAACCGACGCAGGAUGUGUCCUAUCCACUUCAGUCAAUUAAGAAUCACUGCUACAUCAACCAAUUUACCAUCUGUAUCUACACCUUAUGCCCAACCCUAACAUAUGCAAACAAAGUUUCGAGAUUAGUGAUCAAACUGGUAACACACGGAUGUUCUUUAUCUUUAAAGAUCACAUUUGUAUCCGUAGACUAGAAAGUAACGAGCUGCUGCUCAGUAUGCAAUAUCUCAUUCCUUUGAUCACAUUCCUAAGUUUCCAUAGAAAUCACAAGUUCAAGUUAUAUAUACCUUACAUGACUUCAUGUUAAUAUUAGAUCUAAACAAUAUCUUAUAAAGUUAACUGAUAUGAGAAUACAUCACUUAAACUACUAAGGUUAACAAUACCUAAACCAUCCAAGAAUUGCAAAAUAUCAUAAUAUAUUGCGAGGACAGUGGACAGAUGCAUUCCAAGUAAGAGCCAGAGUCAGACAAGGCUGUCUACUCUCCCCCUUCAUCUUUCUUCUGGUGGUUGACUGGAUUAUCAAGACCUUGACAUCUGAGGGGAAACGCGGAAUACAAUGGACAAGUCAAAACCAAUUAGACGAUUUAGACUUCGCAGAUGAUCUAGCCCUCCUAUCGCAUACACACGAACAAAUGCAGAUAAAGACAGCCAGUGUAGCAGCAGUCUCUGCAUCAGUAGGCCUCAACAUACACAAUGGGAGAACCAAGACCCUCAAAUACAACACGGAGAACACUAACCCAAUCACACUUGAUGGCGAAGUUCUGGAAGAUGUGGAAUCCUUCACGUACCUGGAAGCAGACGGGAAGCGGAAAUGAGGAAGGCCAAAGAACACAUUACGUCGAGAAAUUGAAGCAGAUAUGAAAAGGAUGAAUAACGACUGGAAAGGAUUGGAUGGAGAGUGCUGGUGGUCGGCUUAUGCUCCUCCACGAGUAGUAACAGGCCUAAGUAUGAUAUAAUUCAUACAAUCUGCGUGGAGGUAUAUUUUAUUAACUUUCUUUUACUGGUAGCAACUACUUUAAUCGUGUAUUGUAAGCAAAUGCUCAUAAAUUUCUGUUCACCCAGGCAUCAAUUAUCACAUGGGGACAAAUAAUAUAAAAUUAUGAUUAUAUGAAUAUGUAUUUGGAACAAACAGAUUCAAACCGCACAUUGAUAUACAAUUGAAACAAUAACUGACUGGUAGUUAAAAAGUAUCUUCGACAGUGUCUAAAAUGAGUAUCUUCAUGAUGUGAUGAUCUUGUUUAGGGGAAAAAUGUAGACAAGAAAAUAUAAAGUAAAAGCGACAAUUAAAAACGAAUUUUAAUGAUCAAUUUUACAUUUCUUAUUGAUCAUUUUUUGUUUGAGUUCAACAGUAGUGAAUUUACAAAGUUAUAUGUAUCUUGUACCAUCACUUGUUAAGUUAUGUAGUCUUGACUUGUUGCAACCUGGAAUUCAAUGCAUUGUCCACUGUAAUUGAGAUUAUUCAAGUUACAUUAGUGUUUACAUUGACCGUCGUACUGUAGAUCAUAUUUCAACUACAGAUCCACAACUUUACGGUGAUAUUAAAGAAUUACUCUCGCAUUAUGGAACUGCAGAGUGAAUAGACGGAGAGUACUUGUCAAGAAUACGUGUAUGUAUACAUUACCACUCACUAUUCUACACUGGAUCAAUCGAUGUGAAUAUAUGAUGUCAGCUAAGUGGUAAAUGAAUAGUUUACACAACUGUUAAUCGCAAUGAUAAUUGUGUGCUCUCUGGCAACUAGUUUUGAUUGACGAUCUCGAAAUUCUGAUGUGAAGCUAUGCCACAUGUUAGAUAACAUCAAUCCCAUUCGAUGAUUGACGUGGGAUUGAAACGGUUGCCUACUAACUCUCAACUAAAUGUAUCAUACUAGUCGCUAGAGACCUAUUUAUCUUGGGUUCAUAUCUAUAUGUUUUGACACUAGAUGUUUAGAGAAAAUCAGUAAAUUGAAUUACAUACAAUCCGAUACUUUCCAUCAAUGCCUACCUGAACUGUUGAAGGAGAUGAUUGUCCCUUUGGGAUUUGAACGUGAACCGUUGAAUGUUACCACUGAAGUAACAGAAAAUCUUAUUCCAGAGAUUUCUGCCGAUUACCAUCAAUCACUUUACGUCAAAGAAUAGUGUACAGAUUGUAUAGCCACUUAAACUAUUUGCCAUAAUACAGGUUAAAAUCUAACCACCUCAACGAGGACUAAGCAUACUUCCAUUGACUACUGAUUCCUUUUCAAAAAGCCUUCUUACUGAAGCGAAAUAAAUAUCUUUUGUUUCAAUCGUUUUAUGUAACGUAUCCAUGACAUACAUUUAUUUCCUUAGUUUUAGUCACAUUUGAGGUAUGAAGGCUAGUGAUACCAUCUACCUGCUUAAACUGAAUUAGGUGAUAUCUUAAAAUACUACUGAUUUCCUGUUUGAUAACAUUUGUCAAAGUGACUUUUAGUCUUAUCAAGAGGAAGUGAUUUUCAUCCUGAUCAACCAUGUGUGUAAUAGUUGUUCACUGAAAAAAGGUUUAUUAAAUACAUUGUGUCACAAAUUCAAUGGGAUAACGAUAUGUAGAUCACUCAAUAUUAAGAUUUCGUGUCUGAUGAUCAUUCUUAACAUUCUGUACUCGAUUCUUGGUGGAGUCUUUGUUGGACACUAUUGAGGAGUUUCAAGAUAAAAUAUUUAUUCGGUGUUAUAUGAGUUUCUUUCUUCAGAUCCUUUUUCAAUGUGUUAUUUCGUUAAAAUGUGACAUACUAGUGAAAACCUUUACGGAAAAAUUUUUCAGUAAAUCGAUUACAGAAUGAGUAUAUCUCACAUCAGUUUUGUUUAUUCUCAUAUGAGGAAAUUUUAAGUCAAUGAAAAUUGCAUAAAUACACAUUUGUGCAAUGCUUCCCGCAUUUACAACUGUAGUCAAGUAGUGUGUUGUAGAUCGACGAUGAUCUAAUGUAACCGAUGACACUUGUUAUGAGAAUUAAUCCCAAGAUUACUCACUGGUGAGUAAGUGAUUAUUGUCGAUGCAGUUGACUAUGAAAAUUUAUUUAGUUUUCGCUAAUGAUUGACUUUCUCAGCUGAAUCAGUCAGCGGUAUUAUGUGCAACAAACGAUAUUCGCAUGAAUAUACUCAACAUAAAAUGUCGAGCUGCAAUCAAUUGGAUAAAAUAAGUCACGUAAAUAAAUUUUAUGGUAGGAGAAAUGUCUAGUUGAUUGGAAUAAUGAUAAUAGUCAUAAUAAAAUAUUAGUGUAGAGAGUUUGUGGAAAUGGUAGAAUUUCCAUAGUUUAAAUCACGAAACAAAAUUAGCUAGACCAUAAUUGGAAAAUUGAUGGAGCUAGACAUGUACAUCAUUGGAUGUUUACUUGGUGUUCUGGAGGCUAAGCGCUCGUGUACAAGGCUGGAGGCUCUAGGUUCUGUCACAUGUGAAGUCAUAGGUGUACAAUAUUACGGAGUGCCUUAUAGGGGUGAAACCUGUCCGGUACUUCUUGACUCUCGAUGUUGGUCUUCCUCAGAACAGUUUAUGAUUUAAACUAUGAAAAUGAUAAUAAUCAUCCAUUCAUGUGGAUAAAAUAUGUCCAUGGAUAAAGAAAGAUAAGUGCUCAAAUUAGAAAUAAGGCAGCAGAGAUAAAUACUAAAAGAGAUUGGAUCUAAGAAUCUAUUUGAAUGGUAUGUGAUGACCUAAUCAUUGCCCAUAGGAUAAACAGAAUGAUUGGACAGACCUUUUUGGUCAGUUCACUUCUUAAAAUUGACCCUAUUGGCUUCCGUUAUUCAGUGGAGACGUAAUCUUAGUAGAUCGUCCGGGACUUGACACACAUUCAAGAAGAAGACUUCAACUGAUAUGAUCCGAUGAUCUCCAUCUACUAAUUAAGAACGCAUAACUCUAUUGAUUAGUUUCGUGACUCAUUUUCCCAACACGCUUCUCCGAGUUUGGAUUUUGUAACUAGAUAUACAAGAGCAGUUAAA